UUCUCAGUCUCGCUGUGUGAUCUCUUAACAGCCAUGGCCAAGCUGGUGGAGUGCGUGCCCAACUUCUCAGAGGGACGAAAUAAAGAGGUCAUUAAAGCUAUUGCUGAUGCCAUCUCUGCUACGGAGGGUUGCAGCGUGUUGGAUGUGGACCCUGGAGCCUCCACCAACAGGACGGUGUACACGUUUGUUGGCUCUCCACAGGCUGUAGUGGAGGGGGCAUUAAAUGCUGCACGUACUGCUUUUAAUCUCAUCGACAUGAGCAAGCACAAGGGUGAGCAUCCUCGGAGUGGCGCUAUGGACGUUUGUCCUUUCAUCCCGGUGCAGAACGUCAGCAUGGAUGAGUGUGUAUCGUGUGCUAACGACUUUGGACGAAGGCUGGCGGAGAUAAUGCAUGUACCUGUGUAUCUGUAUGGAGAAGCAGCAAGGAGUGAGAGCAGAAGAUCUCUACCAUCUAUACGUGCAGGAGAAUAUGAAGCUCUACCAGAGAAGCUGAAGAAGAGUGAGUGGGCUCCGGAUUUUGGUCCUGCCACUUUCGUUCCUUCGUGGGGCGCCACGGUUACUGGUGCUCGAAAGUUCCUCAUUGCGUACAACGUGAACUUGCUGAGCACCAAGGAACAAGCACACAGAGUCGCUCUGGAUAUCCGAGAGCAGGGACGAGGCAAAGGACAGCCAGGCUUACUGAAAAAGGUGCAGGGAAUGGGCUGGUACCUGGACGAGGCCAACCUGGCUCAGGUCUCUACCAACAUCCUGGACUUCGAGGUCACUCCACUUUACACAGUAUAUGAAGAGAUCUGCAGAGAUGCGAGGGAGCUUAAUCUAUCAGUGGUCGGAUCUCAGAUUGUCGGCCUGAUUCCUUUGAAAGCCGUGCUGGACUGUGCUGAAUUUUACAUGCAGAAAGAGAAGCUCUUUAUUUUGGAAGAGGAGCACAAAGUUCGACUGGUUAUUAGCAAACUGGGUUUGAAUUCUUUGGGACCGUUUGAUCCUAAAGAGAGGAUUAUCGAGUACAUGGUAGAAGCCAGUCAGAUCGAAGGACAGCUUGCGUCUCUUUCCUUAAAAGAGUUCGUCCGCAGUGUUGGUGCCCGCACGCCAGCACCUGGUGGAGGCUCUGUUUCUGCAGCGAUUGCUGCCAUGGGAGCAGCUCUUGGCUGUAUGGUGGGGCAGAUGACGUACGGUAAGAAGCAGUUUGAAGAUCUGGAUAACAUAAUGAGGCAACUGAUCCCUCCAUUCCACCAGGCCAUGAAUGACCUGCUGCUCACUGUGGAUGCCGACUCUACUGCAUUUAACAGCUACAUGGCGGCCUUGAAAAUGCCCAAACGCACUCUGGAUGAAAUGAAAAGGCGAGAGGAAGCCAUGCAGGAUGGGUUAAAGAAAGCGAUUGGGGUUCCGAUGUCUCUGGCUGAGAAAGUGAACGUACUGUGGUCACCACUGAAAGAACUGGUGAAGUAUGGAAAUGUGGCAUGCAAAUCGGAUGUCCAGGUAGCAGCUAAAGCUCUGGAGACUGCAGUGUUUGGAGCAUACUACAACGUCAUCAUUAAUUUAAAGGACAUCACUGAUGAGACGUAUAAGAGUGAUAUGGAGGCGAAAGCAUCUGCGCUUCUUGAUGAAGCAAGAGAGAGCGCUAACCAAGUUUUGGAGGCUGCCAGUCAACGCAAAUAACCAACACCCAGCCCAUCUACACACCCAAAGUCUCUCACAACAAUUAAAGACUCUUUAACCACUACUGUACAACUUCUCAGAUCAGGGCUGUGAUAGAAAAUCAGACACAGCAGCUUUUUGUCUUGUCAUGAUUAAAAUAUCAAGAAAUGGAUUUUAUCCUUCAGCUUUUAAAAUGUAUAUCAUACAAAAAUAAAAAAAUAUAAACAA